AUGGCAGAUAUCGGUCAACAGGAUGCCAAAUUCUUUUAUAUCAUCCUGUCCAAUAUGAAGAACAAGCCAGAUGUAUGCCAAUCUGAUUCCACGACUUCCUUCCUCAAAUGCGUACUAAUGAACUCCUUGGGUUGACUGGAAUGCUGUGGCAGCACAAUCAGGAUUAAAGAACCCAAAGGUUGCCCAAAUUCGAUUUGGUCAAAUGAAAAAGAAGAUUGAGGAAACCAAAGGAGGGAGAGAUGGACAUGCUUUGGUGGAGAAGAAGAAAGCCUCUCCGAGUAAGCGCAAGGCAGCGACGAAGAUCAAGGAUGACAGUGAUGACGAUGCUGAAUCUGAGGGGGACCAGGAGGACACGCCAUCUCCCUCUAAACGUGGCAGACUGGGAAAAGCAAAGACAAUGACGGAGAAAUUCCAGACUGCACUGGACCUGGAAGAUGUUGACGACGAUGAGCUUGAUUUUAGACACUGUUAG